AUGGACCCCCCCGCGGCCAAGCGGAGCCGGGACUGCCCCGCGGGACCGGAGGAGCGCGACGCCGGGGCCGGGGCAGUGCGAGGCCGGGGCCGACCCGAAGCGCUGCUGGACCUCAGCGCCAAGCGAGUAGCCGAGAGCUGGGCCUUCGAGCAGGUUGAGGAGCGGUUCUCCCGGGUGCCGGAGCCAGUCCAGAAGCGCAUCGUGUUCUGGUCGUUUCCACGCAGCGAGCGGGAGAUAUGCAUGUACUCAUCACUGGGCUACCAGCCCCCGGAGGGUGAGCACGAUGCCCGGGUGCCCUUCACCCGUGGACUGCACCUGCUACAGAGCGGGGCCGUAGAUCGUGUGUUGCAAGUGGGGUUCCACCUGAGCGGAAAUAUCCGGGAGCCAGGGGGCCCUGGAGAGCCCGAGCGCCUUUACCAUGUCUCCAUCAGCUUUGACCGCUGCAAGAUCACAUCCGUGAGCUGCGGCUGCGACAACCGAGACCUCUUCUACUGUGCUCAUGUGGUGGCCCUGUCGCUGUAUCGCAUUCGGCAUGCCCGCCAGGUGGAGCUGCGGCUACCCAUCUCCGAGACACUCUCCCAGAUGAACCGGGAUCAGCUGCAGAAGUUCGUGCAGUACCUCAUCAGUGCCCACCACACUGAGGUGCUGCCCACUGCUCAGCGCUUGGCGGACGAGAUCCUCCUCCUGGGCUCCGAGAUCAACCUGGUGCAUGGUGCCCCAGACCCCACGGCGGGCGCGGGCAUCGAGGACGCCAACUGCUGGCACCUGGACGAGGAGCAGAUCCAGGAGCAGGUGAAGCAGCUGCUUUCCAACGGCGGCUAUUAUGGCGCCAGCCAGCAGCUGCGCUCCAUGUUCUGCAAGGUGCGGGAGAUGCUGCGAAUGCGGGACUCCAAUGGCGCACGCAUGCUGAUCCUCAUGACCGAGCAAUUCCUGCAGGAUCCGCGCCUGGCCCUGUGGCGGCAACAGGGCGCCGGCAUGACGGACAAGUGCCGCCAGCUGUGGGAUGAGUUGGGGGCCCUGUGGGUGUGCAUCGUCCUGAGCCCCCACUGCAAACCAGAGGAGCGGACGAGCUGGCUCCAGAUGCUUAGCAAGUGGGACAAGCUGGAUGUGUGCCCACUGGAAGAAGGCAACUACUCUUUUGAUGGGCCCAGCCUGCAGCCCACCGUAGCCCUCAGCCCAGGCCCAGAGGAGGAGGAGGAGGAGGAGGAGGUGGAGGCUGCAGGUUCCCGCCACACCGUGUUUGGCCGCGCCCUGCAGGCUGGGUCGCUGCACUGGAGUGACGCCCACCUGCAGAGGAUCCUGGCCAGCGACUCCUAUGGCCCCAGCCUCACAAGCAAUGGGGAUGGUGACAAGCCAACCUUUGACCCCCAGGGCCGCCCACUCUGGCUGGGCGAGCCCUUCCCCACUGCCUGUGCACGUGUGGACACCCUGAGGGCCCACGGAUACCCCCGCCAGGCCCUGCGACUGGCAGGCGCCAUAGUCAACACACUCCGGCUGCAGCGGCGACAUCAGCUUGAGACCUACAAGCAGCAGAAAAAAGAGCUACUGCAGAAAGGCUCCACCUGCAUCACCAACAUGGAAGGAUGGGUGGGCCACCCCCUGGACCCCAUUGGCUGCCUCUGCAGGGCACUCUUGGAGGCCUGUCACCUAGAGGAGGAGACCCUUGCCAUUUACCCAGACUCAGGCCCUGAGAAGCGGAAGGUGGCCUACCAGCACGUCCUGGUGCCCGGGAGCCCUGGGGAGUCCUACUUGGCAAUGGCGCUAGAGGUGGCACUGCUGGGCCUGGGACAGCAGCGGGCCCUGCCCGAGGGUCUGUAUGCCCAGGACAAGGUGGUACGCAACGAGGAGCAGCUGCUGGCCCUGCUGGAGGAGGUGGAGCUGGACGAGCGGCUGGUGCAGGUGCUGCGCAAGCAGGCGGGACAGCUGCUGGAAGGGGGUCCUUUCAGCGGCUUUGGAGAAGUGCUGUUCCGGGAGAGCGUGCCCAUGCACACCUGUGCCCGUUACCUGUUUACUGCACUGCUGCCCUACGACCCCGACCUGGCCUACCGCCUCGCGCUGCGAGCCAUGAGGCUGCCCAUACUGGAGACAGCGUUUCCAGCUGGAGAACCUCACGGCAACCCACUGGAUUCCAUCGUGAGCAACCGCUUCCCCCGCUGGUUCAUCCUAGGCCACCUGGAGACCCGCCAGUGUGAACUGGCCUCCGCCAUGCUGACUGCCGCCAAGGGAGACCCCAAGUGGCUGCACGCAGUACUGGGCUCCAUCCAGCAGAACAUCCACUCUCCAGCCUUGCUCUUCAAGCUGGCGCAGGACGCCUGCAAGACUGCCACGCCGGCCAGUGCACCACCAGACACCACGCUGCUGGGCAUUGCGUUGGAGCUUGGCCUGCAGGUGAUGCAGAUGACCCUGAACACCAUGACCUGGCGUCGGAGGGAGAUGGUGCGCUGGCUGGUCAGCUGUGCCACGGAAGUCGGCCUGCAAGCCCUGAUGAACAUCAUGCAGAACUGGUACUCCUUAUUCACACCGGUGGAGGCAGCCACCAUCGUGGCAGUGACGGGCACCACCCAUGCCACGCUGUUGCGGCUGCAGCUGGAUGCGCCCCGGCGGGAGGAGCUCUGGGCAUGCGCCCGCACCCUGGCCUUGCAGUGCGCCAUGAAGGACCCGCAGAACUGCGCCCUGCCCGCCCUCACCCUGUGCGAGAAGAACCACGCGGCCUUCGAGGCGGCCUACCAGAUCGUGCUGGAUGCCGCGGCCGGAGGCCUGGGCCACGCCCACCUCUUCACCGUGGCCCGCUACAUGGAGCACCGCGGCCUGCCGCUGCGGGCCUACAAGCUGGCGACGCUGGCCCUGGCGCAGCUCAGCAUCGCCUUCAACCAGGACAGCCACCCGGCCGUCAAUGAUGUGCUCUGGGCCUGCUCGCUCAGCCACUCGCUGGGCCGGCACGAGCUCUCUGCCAUCGUUCCCCUCAUCAUCCGCAGCAUCCACUGCGCCCCCAUGCUCUCCGAUAUCCUGCGCCGCUGGACCCUCUCAGCGCCCGGCCUGGGGCCCCUCGGGGCUCGCCGGGCUGCCAAGCCGCUGGGCGCCGACCGGGCACCGCUGUGCCAGCUGCUGGACGCGGCGGUGGCCGCCUACAUCACCACCAGCCACUCCCGCUUGACGCACAUCAGCCCGCGGCACUACGGCGACUUCAUCGAGUUCCUGGGCAAGGCCCGUGAGACCUUCCUGCUGGCGCCCGAUGGGCACCUGCAGUUCGCGCAGUUCCUGGAGAACCUCAAACAGACCUACAAGGGCAAGAAGAAGCUCAUGCUCCUGGUGCGGGAGCGUUUCGGCUGAGGGGCCGCAGGCAGGUGGUGGGGACAUCCGCCUUCGCCCCUGCUUCUGUGGCACCCGCCCUCCAUCACGGGCCUCAACACUGGACGCCUAUGUGGCAUUUCAGUAUUAAGUCAGGGAAGGAGCCCGGCUGGAGCUCGGUG